AGUCCCUGAGGGCUAUAAAUACAUCUAACACAGACCACCUAUAAUCACGAAUUCACAACUUCACAACCACACGUAUAGCAUAUAAGUUAAUAACUAAGCCAUGGAGAAGAAAUCACUUGCUGGAUUGUGCCUCCUCUUCCUCGUUCUCUUUGUUGCUCAAGAAAUGGUGGUGCAAACUGAGGCAGCAACUUGUGAGAACCUGGCUGAUACGUAUAGGGGUCCAUGCUUCACCACUGGAAGCUGUGAUGAUCACUGUAAGAACAAAGAGCACUUAAUCAGUGGCAGAUGCAGGGAUGAUUUUCGCUGUUGGUGCACCAGAAACUGUUAAAUGGAUUUUCUCCAACAUGAAGAUGCAGCGUCACAUACAAAUUAGACUAUAUAUCUAAUUAAAUAAGACUAGUACUGCAUCUAUAUAUGUACUGAGUGCAUAACGGGUUAGUUAUGUACUUUAUGUUACAGAAUAAACAUGUGUUGUUGCAAAAUAUGAAUUAGAUAAUUUUGUUACCUA